CUUUCCCUCCACACGUUUCUCCCUCCCUUAUCUUCCUCGCUUCCUCUCCCUCCCUCGAUGAUGCACCAGCCACUACCUUACUACCGACUCGUACCAGACCCAAACGCAGCUACCCAAAGCUCUCUUCCUCAACCGCUCCUUACUCCCACCAACGAAAAUGGUAGCAGAAUUAGGGCUUUCACUCCCUCCAUCUAUCACUCUCCGUACGCGCUCUCUCUCUCCAUCCUCUCUAUCCAAACCCUCCAUCUCUUCCUCCUCUUCUCCUAUCAGACCCCCCAUCCGUCGUGUCAGCCACUGCUUCUCGGUCCGUCGUAGGCUCUCUCUACUCCCUCAAAAGGCCGCUGAACAACAAGGCCAGGUCACAGAAGACGAGGUUGUUGACGGCAGAAUCUUGCAAUAUUGCAGCUUAGAUAAGAAGGAACAGAAGAAGUCAAUAGGAGAGAUGGAGCAGGAGUUUCUUCAAGCACUACAGUCAUUCUAUUAUGAUGGGAAAGCAAUCAUGUCUAAUGAGGAAUUUGAUAAUCUCAAGGAAGAACUGAUGUGGGAAGGAAGCAGUGUUGUCAUGCUAAGUUCAGAAGAACAAAAGUUUCUGGAAGCUUCGAUGGCUUACGCAUCUGGAAAUCCAAUCUUGACGGAUGCCGAAUUUGACCAGUUGAAGCUGAGACUAAAGCAAGAAGGGAGUGACAUUGUACAAGAAGGUCCACGAUGCAGUCUCCGCAGUAAAAAGGUUUACAGUGACUUGACUGUUGACUAUUUCAAGAUGUUCCUGUUAAAUGUGCCGGCUGCCGUUGUAGCGCUUACAUUGUUUUUCUUUCUAGACGACUUCACUGGAUUUGAAAUCACAUAUCUUUUGGAGCUGCCGGAGCCAUUCAGUUUCAUUUUCACAUGGUUUGCUGCUCUGCCUCUCAUUUUUUGGCUAGCAAAGGCAUUCACUGAUGUCAUCGUAAAAGAUUUUCUGAUCUUAAAGGGCCCAUGUCCUAACUGCGGUACGGAAAACGUCUCCUUCUUUGGAACCAUACUUUCGGUGCCUAGUGGCGGUUCUACAAAUACUGUUAAAUGCUCCAAUUGUGGCACCAAAUUACAAUAUGAUGCGGGAGUGCGCUUGAUUACAACAGAUGCAAGUGAAGCUUGAGUCAUGGAGGAUCCAUUUGUGAUGGGAGUGGGCUGCAAAGGGACGGCUGUAUGUAAUUUGAGAUUUGGGUCGUGUGUAUAUUUGUAAUGGAAGCAAAUAGGCUGGUAGUAUGUAUAGCUCAAUGGACACUGACUACAGCUGCACUGUUGUUAUGUGAGUCUAUAUAGUAAGAAAUCUAUAAGAGUUUCUCCUACAGGGCUCA